AAGGUUAACAACUCUGAGGUUUUGGAUCAAUACAUUGCCAGCCACUUCGAGAGAGUAGAGUCCGUUCAAAGAUUGCACCAGAGCGGAAGUUAUGAUAUCUUAGAUGUCUACAACUCUGAAAUUAUUUCACAUCCGCGUGAAAACCUGAGGAAACUAUGCAGCUUUCUGGAAGUAAACUGCGAGAAAGAGUAUAUCGAUGCAGUGUCAGCUAUAAUGUACCAAACGUCUUCCAAAACAAGGAAUUCUGUUGUGUGGACCAGCGAACAAAAGGCAGAUGUUGAAGAACUGAUACAGAAAUAUCCCUUUUUGAGACCAUUUACAUUUUAUAGCAAUUAG